UUUCAAGCGGCACAAACAAAAUUAUCUCCAUUUCAUUAUCUUAACAUCCAACAGGAUAAACAUCAACAGCCCACACCAUCAACAAUCCAAUAUCUUGCCUUUCAGUGUGAUGCACUAUCUUAA